AUAUGAUUGAUGUUUUGGUAGUUAAAUAUGGCGACUUGUGAAUUGUGACAGAUUAUAUAUAAGAACAUUAAUAUAUAAUGUUUAAGUUACUAAAUAAAAUAAUAUGAAUAUACGAAGAUAAAUAAUUUAUUUUAAAAUGCCGGUUGAUAUUAAUCGAUUGACUGAAGGAUGGCUGGAACUGGAAAGUGACCCUGGAUUAUUUACACUACUGUUGGAAGACUUCGGGGUAAAAGGAGUCCAGGUCGAAGAAAUUUAUGAUUUACAAAAAUCAUUAGAAGGACCCGUUUAUGGAUUCAUAUUUUUGUUCCGUUGGAUAGAAGAACGACGGUCACGUCGCAAAGUUGUUGAGCAAGACGAGAGUUUUGUUAAAGACGAAGAUGUUGUCAAUAAUAUUUUCUUUGCGCAACAGGUUGUACCCAACAGUUGUGCGACCCAUGCAUUAUUAUCCGUACUACUAAACUGCCCAAAUAUUCAUCUCGGCACAACACUGUCACGUCUAAAACUUCACACAUCAGGAAUGUGCCCAGAAAACAAAGGCUGGGCAAUAGGUAACACACCAGAGUUAGCUUGCGCGCACAAUUCCCAUGCAAUGCCACAAGCAAAACGACGGCAGGAUAAAAAUACUGGUGUGUCAACGGGACGUUUCACCGGCGAGGCAUUUCACUUUGUCAGUUACGUACCAAUUAACGGCCGACUAUUUGAAUUAGACGGAUUGAAACCUUAUCCAAUGGAUCACGGGCCCUGGAAAGAACACGAAGAGUGGACCGAACAAUUUCGUCGCGUUAUCACUGAUCGUCUUGGCAUAUCAACUGGCGAACAAUUGCAAGACAUAAGAUUCAAUUUAAUGGCCGUAGUGCCAGAUCGUAGACUUGCUAUUUCCCAUAAACUGACGAUGCUCAAAACAAAUCGUCAAAUUGUCGUCGAAGCGCUUCAGCAAUUAGUCAAAUUAAGCAACAGUAGUCAUCAUCACAAUAAUAAUGCGAAUAUAAAUGGUCAUCAUCAUAAUAAUCAUAAUAAUCACAAUCAUCAGGAUAAUUUAGCGGUAGGGGAUAAAAACAAUGAGGAUAAAAGUGAUAAAAAAUUAAAAACUGAAGAUGAUUGUAAAAAUGAAGUGAAAAACGAAUCAGAGAUAACAUUCAGUGUACCUGCUGUUAAUGUUGAGCAAUCAAAUACGGAUUCACAUGCUGAUAUUAACAAUGAAAAUGCCAAUGCCAAUACUAAUAAUGUUAAAACUGAGUCUACUACUAUUGAAAAAGUUGUAAUGUGUGCAUUGGAUUAUGCAACUCCACUACGUAUUCAAACUUCUCCGGCACACAGUUCUUCCAGCACGGAUACUUCAUCGGAAAUUGGAUCAGCUUUUAAUUCACCCACUCAAGCAUGGGGAUGGAAUUCCGGGCAAAGUAGUCCAACUUCAACAAAAGAUUUUAAAAAGUUCGUCGUAAUUCGUGUUGCUGGUGAUGAAAAAAAUGAAGCGGGUCUUACUCGGUCUCUUGGCAAUAUAAAUAUUAAUGGCAAAAGACUUGUCUCGGACUCAGGACAUUUACAUAAAAAGGUUUGUUUGUCUGGCGAAGUUAGAAUUCCUCAUGCAAGAGUUAAAACAAGUAAUGGAGAUACUGUUACUGAAGAAAAAAAAGUUGAAAAAAUAGACUCGAAACUUUGUUCAAAGUACCCGGAGUUAUUUGAACCUCACACUUUCGCGCCAAAAGAUUUGUUGGCUUUAUUAAAAAAUCUUGAGCAAGAAAUAAAUAUAUGUGAGACGAGUUUGAAAGACGAAAAUGAUAAGAGAAAUAAAUAUAAAAUUGAUGAUUGCAGACGAACGCAUAAUUACGAUGAGUUUAUAUGCACAUUCUUAUCGAUGUUAGCCCAACAAGGAAAGCUUGCGGAAUUGGUUCAACAACAUCUUACAUUAAAGAAACAUACAUCUGUUACUGUUAAUCGAGUACACAGAUCCUCUAAAAAAACAGAUGCGAGACCAAACACUUCACGCAGACGACGUGGCCGUACUAAAUGCAAAAAACGUAAAUAAAAAAAAAUCAAGUUGAAAUUUUCUCUGAAAGUUUUACGCAGGUCGUGAACGUAACACCUAUGACGAUAAUCAAACCUCAAUGUGAGAUAUGAACUAUGAUUUUUUCUUCACACAUCUUUUUAUUUAUAAUUAUGAUUACCCGGAUAAAAUUACUCAGAUACAAUAUUAAUUAUACUGUAUAAAAACUUUUAUACUUGUCUAUGAACAGAUAUGAAUGUAUAUGAUCAUACAUGCUACUGCGAUAUAAAAUAUGAUCAGAUGUGGUUAUGUAUAAUCGCAUAUUUUCGUGCCUGAUCAGGUUCAACUUAUUAUCUGAUCAUAUAUAGUAUCAGAUAUGAUCAUAUAUAAAUCUAUACUCUACUAUAGUUUCGUACAGGAUCAUAUAUGAACUCAUCUGAUCAUACAUGGUAUCAGAUAUGAUCAUAUAAAACUCUGUACUCUACCAUUGUUUCAUAUACAAUCAUAUACACGAUCAGAUAUGAUUAUAUGUAACAUCAGGUAUGAUCAUACAUGCUUUCAUAUACAGUCACAUAUGAAGCCAUAUACUUUACUGUAAUUUCGUACUUGAUCCUAAAUGAACUCAUAUCUAAUCAUAUAUGAUCAUAGAUAUUAUCAGGUGGGAUCAUAGAUACUAUCAGAUAUUAGAUAUGAUGAUAUGUAAUACCAGGUAUGCUCAUAUAUGAUAUCAGAUAUAGUCACACAUAAGUCACAUACUCUACUAUAGUUCUGAACUUGAUUUAUAUGGACUCAUAUCUGAUCAUAAAUGGUAUCAGAUAUGAUCAUAUAUGAAGCUCUAUACUCUAGUAUUGUUUUAUAUACAAUCAUAUACACUAUCAGAUAUGAUUGUAUAUGAAGCUCCAUACAUUAAUAUUGUUUCAUAUAUGAUCAUAUACACUAUCAGAUACGAUCAUAUAUAAGCAUACAUAUUAUCAGGCGAGAUCAUACAUGCUAUCAGAUAUAAUUCUACAUAAAGCCAUAUACUUUACUAUGGUUUCGAAUUUGAUCGUAUAUGGACUCAUAUCUGAUCUACAUUGUAUCAGAUACGAUCAUAUAUGUCCUUUCAUAUUCUACUAUAGUCUUAUACAACAUCAUCUGUAAUAUGAAUUACAGUUAUGUAUAAUUAUACAUAAUAUCAAAUAUGAUCAGGUUCAAAUUCAUAAAUAUCAUGAUCAUAUACACGAAUUUAUAUCUGAUUUCAUAUUGACAUAGAUAUCAUAUCUGAGUAUUUCUUCCCGGGUAAUUCACGUACUCAUUGAAACCAGUGUUUUUUAUUUUCAUAUUAAUAAUUAUAUAAUUAUUAGUAUUAUUAAUAAGUGACAAGUAAUUGGUAUUAUAAAGUGUACAUCCCAUUACCAACGGCGAUAAAUAUUCAAAUCAAUUAAUUAUUACAUUACUAUUCAAUAGAUAUAGUAAGUAUUUAAAGCUGUUUAUACUAUUAAUCUUUUAAAUUAAUUAUCAAUCAGAAAAAUUUAUUUUUAAUUUUAUGACUAUAAGGUUCUAUAUUGUAUUUAUAGAAACUGUUGAACCAUGAGCAUUAGAUUUAUAAUAAUUCAAAUCUAUAUCACUCAAUUACGCCACUUAAUUUUUUUAUUUUAUAAUAAAUUAUUAAAUAAUUUUAUAAAUAAAUAUACAGCUUCAAUCAAA